AUGGAUCCAGAUGAUGAUCUUGAAUCAUUUAUCCAGUCAUCUUCUCAAAACAGUGCUAAUAAUAUGUCGAUAAAUAUGAACUCUAGUCAACGUUCUGUUGCAAUACUGUUGGAACUGUUGGAAGAAUAUGAUAAUACUCCGAGAUUGCAUCAUAGUACUGAUAUCAAAAACUAUUGGUCUGAACAUCACGAGUCUAUGCCUGAACUUUACAAACUUUCACAAGUUGUAAUGGCUGUACCAUGCACCCAGGUCUCAGUGGAAAGGAGUUUCUCAGGACUCAAAUUUAUUUUGAGUGAUUUGCGUACUUCAUUAUCGCCUGAUCUACUGGAAAGUAUAAUGAUUAUACGAGGAAAUAACUUGUCUAACAAAUAA